AUCUGUGCAGCGCGUCUGCAAUGAAUACUACCUGGAACCCGCCCUACAUUGCCGACGCAUGUGCAAUGAAAGCACUUCCUUUUCCGCUCAUUGCGCUGCGUUUUCUUCUUCAACCAAGCUUCUCCUCAACGUAAAAAAAAGAUCACUAACCGCGUGUUGGCUCAAGUGAAUCCGACGUCAUGAGUUUGUUCGGGGCCAGCACUGGCUUUGGCGCUGGGGGAUUUGGAGCGGCAACCACGGACACCCACAACCCAAUGAAGGAUGUGGAAGUAACCUCACCCCCAGAUGACAGCAUCAGUUGCUUGGCGUUCAGUCCUCCUGCCAUGCCAGGGAACUUCUUGAUAGGGGGAUCCUGGGCCAAUGAUGUGAGGUGUUGGGAGGUACAGGACAACGGGCAGACAGUCCCCAAAGCCCAGCAGAUGCACACGGGUCCCGUCCUUGAUGUCUGCUGGAGCGAAGACGGUAGCAAGGUUUUCACUGCGUCUUGUGACAAGACUGCCAAAAUGUGGGACCUCAACAGCAACCAGGCAAUACAGAUCGCACAGCAUGAUGCUCCUAUCAGAACAGUCCACUGGAUCAAAGCCCCCAACUACAACUGCAUCAUGACAGGCAGCUGGGACAAAACUCUGAAGUUCUGGGACACCCGCUCGCCCAACCCAAUGAUGUCUCUGCAGUUGCCAGAGAGGUGCUACUGUGCAGAUGUGGUGUACCCCAUGGCAGUGGUAGCGUCUGCAGACCGAGGUUUGAUUGUAUAUCAGCUUGAAAACCAGCCGUCUGAGUUUAGGAGGAUAGACUCACCACUCAAACACCAGGUGACUGGUCUCACAUACCAGCACCGCUGCAUAGCCAUUUUUAAGGACAAACAGAACAAGCCUGCUGGAUUUGCUCUCGGAAGCAUUGAAGGGCGGGUUGCAAUUCACUACAUCAACCCUCCUAACCCAGCCAAGGAUAACUUCACCUUUAAGUGCCACAGGUCGAAUGGAACCAACACAGCCACACCACAAGACAUCUAUGCUGUAAAUGCCAUCUCCUUCCACCCUGUCCACGGGACACUGGCGACUGUUGGGUCAGAUGGUCGCUUCAGCUUCUGGGAUAAAGACGCCCGCACCAAGCUGAAGACCUCAGAGCAGCUGGAUCAGCCAAUCACAGCAUGCUCCUUCAACAACAAUGGCAACAUCUUUGCUUACGCCUCCAGCUAUGAUUGGUCAAAGGGACAUGAGUACUACAACCCUCAGAAAAAGAACUACAUCUUCCUGCGUAAUGCUACUGAGGAGCUGAAACCACGGAACAAGAAAUGAUUUGUCCAGUAUCUCGCCUGUUGUUUGCAAAAUGGAGGGUUGUCAAAUGCACACGUCAUGCCUGCACGACCCUGUUCCUUUCCUGUGCCAACACCAAAGGUGGAGCUGGUGCUUGCAAAAUAGGGGUUGCAGAGUGAUAAGAUAUUGUUUUGAAAUAUCUAUUUUAUUUUGUCACGAUACCAUGGUUGCAUUUAAAGUAAUGUUUUUUUUUCUGUUACGUUGUUGUACAAUUUAACGAUAUUGGAGAAUGACAUAAAUGAGUAGAUAAAGACAAGUUACACUAUC